GCAUCUCAGGUGAGGAGUAUCAACGGAUGAGAAGCCAAGGACAAGUUGUGUUUCAGUGUGUCGAGUGUGUAGAGCCCACAGUUCCCUACUACGAGGUCACCACCACCAGCGAGCUCCCCUCACGUCUUCUCCCAGACGCCGAGAGCACCCGCAUAGUUGAGGAAUCCAUCAACAUCCCCAUCGUUCCCCACGCCGAGCCACACCAUCCAGAGGAGGAAUCACUCAACGACCAGACUUCACCCCAGGAACUUCACCCAAGGAAAAGAAAGAAGGACUACAAGCAGGUGUUUGCCAGGAUUUUGGAGCUGAUGCCAUCGCCCCCCGUCACCGAGCUGUUGGUUGCAGACUUCGAGGAGGGAAUGUGGAGAGCUGCGAAGUCUGUGUUGCGUGGCGUCCGGAUACACGGUUGUGCUUUCCACUGGGGACAAGCAGUAUGGCGUCAUGUUCAGGAACUUGGAUUACAGAUCGACUACAGCCAGCGGGAUGGUGUCUUCAAGUUUGUGAGGAAGCUGCUUGCCCUGCCAUUUCUACCAGAGGAACAGAUUCCCGUCGCGUUCCACGCACUGAAGGAGACCGUCACCAGCGAGCGACUGAUACAGCUGACCAACUACAUCGAGAGGACCUGGAUCAACGGCGACAUCUGGACCCCAUCAUCGUGGACCGUCUACCGUAUGGCAGUGAGGACAAACAACGACGUCGAAGGAUGGCACCACCGCAUCAACAGGAGAGCCCAGAAGUCCAGCCUGCCCUUCUAUGUGCUUGUUAUUCUACUCUACAAGGAAACCGCCAGCAUCCCGACCCAACUGAAGAUAAUCAGCGAGGGAAAACUCCGGAGAUACCAACGAAAGACUACAAGACUUCUACAGUGCCACAUUAACCAACUUUGGGACAACUACAACGAUGGAUCCAUCAGCGCCAGCCGACUACUGAAGAAGUGUGGACAGAUCUACAACGGACAGUGAAGAAGGAAA